UCCUAAUCCAGUCAUCGGCCACAACAUGCACAGCUAGACAGCGCAGAGUUUGCCGCACUUGCAACCAUGAGUUUGCUGCCCGUCACCAUCCAGUACUCGGACUACUUCAACAAGUCCUGGCGGAACGACAGUGCGCUGGGCAAUGACAGUUCCGUGCCAAGUUUAGGCCUACUCGGCACCGGUUCCUCCUGGAACGAGACGUACGAGGUGUACGCGCCCAACUUCCCGUACGUCUCUUCCACGGAGGAGCAGAACUACAUCGAGCUGCUGAGCGAGCGCAUCCGGAACGGGUCCUCCUCGAACCAGUCACUGCAUCCGGUGGAUCAUCCGGUCGUGGGCGAGUGCAUCAGCGGGUACUGGGCCAGUCUGUACUUCGAGCUGACCAGCUACUUCCUGUACGUGCUGAUCUUCGUGACGGCCGUGAUCGGCAACUCGAUCGUGCUGUUCAUCGUGCAGUCCAACCCGCGCAUGAGAACCGUCACGAACUACUUCAUCACGAACCUGGCCGUCGGGGAUCUGAUGAUGAUGCUGUUCUGCGUGCCGUUCACGUUCAUCUCGACGUUCGUGCUGCAGUACUGGCCGUUUGGGCUGAUGAUGUGCCGCCUGGUGAACUACACCCAGGCCGUGUCGGUGCUGGUCAGUGCGUACACGCUAGUUGCGAUCAGCGGCGAUCGGUACAUUGCGAUCAUGUGGCCGCUCAAGCCGAGGAUCACCAAGACAUGCUCUAAAGUGCUGAUAGCGAUAGUGUGGAUCAUCGCGCUGAUAACGGCCGCUCCGAUUGCGAUCUUCUCGACGCUCGUCUUUCCGUCAAACUGGCACACCGUGUGCAAUCUGUAA